UCGGUGUCACCCACCAGCUCCAAAAGAUGAUGAUGGUCGUCGGGGAGCAAUAGCAACGGAGCCUUCACUCGGCUCGUGCAGAAGAUACUGGUCGUGCUUCCCGAAAGCCAGUGAGCCGUUGAGCGCCGGCCUCCCGUCAGUGGAGGCGCGCCAUCUAGUAGCGGGAUCCUUCAACCGUGCGUCGGUAUCGUCUAGAAUCUUGAUGGACACCCUCGGCUGAGAAAGUACGACAUCUGCGCAUCGCGACCUGGUGACGGGGCUGGCGCUGAGUAUCAGUUGGCGCUGUGAUCGGCUGCUACACCAGCGCCACCUAUGCUCUGGUCGGCCGCCGCACCAGCGCCACCUGUGCCCUGGUCGGCUCCCGCCCCAGCGCCACCUGUGGUUCUGGUCGGCUGCCGCACCAGCGCCACCUGUGCUUUGGUCGGCCGCCGCACCAGCGCCACCUGUGCCCUGGUCGGCUCCCGCCCCAGCGCCACCUGGUGUUCCGGUCGGCCGCCGCACCAGUGCCACCUGCUGCCAGCGCGGUGGUGGUGCCCAGCCGGCGGUUUUCUCAGCCCGGAUUCGUCGUCUCCAUGUCUUCCGUUGUGUGACGCGUUGGUGUAUCCUCUAGACAGCCGGUGUGUCGUACCGUUGCCUGUGUCACCGCGGCGGUCCGGUCCGGGCCAGCGCCACAGGGACCGGCGAGGUCAGGUCAGCGGGCCCAGCCCCCGGCGAUCACAGGCCCCGAGCCCGCGCUCGCCGGGGUUAGGGCGGCUCGAUCAGAUGUGCCCUAGUGCGCUACAGCGGUAAGCGACUCGCGUUGGACUAGUAGGCGCGCCUGUCCUGGGCGGAGGGACGGCACCAGGCGGUUCAUGCGUGCGUGCGUGCGUGCGUGCGUGCGUACAUGCAUGCAUACGUGCGUGUGUGCGCGCGCACAUGCGUGUAUGCAUGCAUGCAUGCGUGCGCUUGUGUGCGUGGAUGUAAGUGACGAAAAAUUGGUCCCGGGCGCCGCCUGAUGUGAAGGCUGGCAUGUCUCCUGACGCACCCCCCGGGGGAGACGCAGGGGUGCGGCGUAUUGGUGACUGUGGCCCUCUCACAUUCAUCGCAUCCCACUGACGACACUUGAGCAUUGCCAACCUCAGAAUCUGUCAUUAUCUGCACAAGGCACUGACUCACUUCAACCAUCUCUAACACCACAUGAAUACUGACAUGCGCUUUCUAGCGCUAGUCAAAUUAAUUCAAUUUUACACAAUGACUGAGACAACUUGUUUAUCUGACCAGACUAAAAGAUGGAUGGGAAGUGGGAGACAGCUCAACGAGCAGAUAAUUUGGUGUGCACAGAUGCUAAGGAAAUGUCUAUCGCUUAGAACCAAUCCACAAAUAAUGAUAUUUGUCUUACCACCACAUUCUUUGCGAGGAGCUUCGUAUAGCAUGACCUGCAGGCUCACUAUGUGUACGGACGUUUGCUGCACUCCAGACAGCACUCAGGACACCGUGAUCAUGUUUUAAAUGCCACCGUGAAUCAACAUCCUUAUUCAAAGUGUAGAAUGCAGCUUCAAUCCUGAACUAUGCCAAACGCGUUUUGAUUGGCUUCAAUAUCCCCACUAAUGUUUCUGUACAAAAUUGCGUAUGCACUCAAAGCCCGUCGUCAAGUUGACACUGCGUCGCGUAAGCCAACAGCAAUAAUAUGUCGCGCGUUCUCUGUUGUCAUGCACGUCGUGUGCAUGCAUGUCGCGUCCCCAUGGGUUAUCACAGGUGCUUUCGCGUGCACCUGAAGAUCAGCUACGGUGCCGGGAGUUCAUCGUCGACGAUCGCCUGUUUCAGUAUGCUAUUUUUUUCUGCGGCGCCAUGGUGAAUCAGGAAUGUGGCAGUCGGCCUAAACCCCAUCCACUGUACCAGAAGUGGCUUACGUAUGCAUGUGGUGACCAUCAACUGAGAACAAUAUUUUGCGAUGGCAUUUUGCAGCACUCUCCUGACCGCACUGGCACAGCACAGACCUGAAAGCACAGAGCACCGCACAGAGCACCGUAGAGAGCACCGCACAGAGCGCCACACAGAGCACCGCGCAGAGUCGUUUAGAUGCACCAGCGUACAGUGUGGGUUUGUCAGACACAGCUGACUGUCGUACAGCUGUUUGCCUCGUGAGGCUAUUCAGCUUCACGCAAAAGUCGUGCCGUGCCUUGACAUAGUUACCAGUUGAACUAGUGGGACACUGGUAUUCAACCAUUAAGCCGUGAUUUCCCCGACCAUCACCCGGAGCCGAUGCCUGUUAUCCCCGAUGGACACUGACGUCACAUGGACGUAGAGCUCCGAGUACUGCAUCUCGACUAGGGCUGUGUCGAUCCUGGAGCGAACCAAGCGACUGGCAGAGCGCUGUUACCGCGUGCUUGGCACCGCCCGUCUGGCUGCACCCCGAAAUUCCGUUACGGGAUCGUGCAGGCAGGUAACAGACCGGUCGGUCGCGCCGUGCGGAACGAGAUACACUUGCUGACGCGCGGCGCGUGUUGCGAAAGCGAUGCGCGUGGGCUGUCGAUGUAUUCGUCUUGUAGGUCUGGGAUGUGAUGUUAUGGACGUACGUGAUGUACUCAGCUUUUUGAAUAACACGUUAAGUCGUAAACGUACCCGAUGUGUUACAGUGGCUGGGUAACCGAACUUGGCCCAGUAGAUGGUUUUGCCGCAAAUACAUUUUCGUUGAG